CAUUACCUCAGUCGGAUUUUGAACAUCGAAGUGGACAGACCGCGUAAUGGGUAGCUAGUCAGAACGAGCGAGAGAGCAGAGUUAGUGGAAGUGCGUUGCGUGCGUGUGUGAUUCCAGAAGAAAACAUCGGCCUUUGUGUCUGCUGCCGUCAAGAAGAAGAGAAGAUUUUAAUCGUUCCAGCAGCGCUAGCACGGCCAACUGGGCUCUAGCUGGGGGUUCUCUUUUUUCCGUUUCCGAUUCCGCCGUGUAGUCAGUUGCCGGAAUUUACCGAUCCCAAGUGUCCGUCAUCGAUCCGUGUGAAAUUUUGUGUGCAGCCGAUUUUGCUUGCUCACGGCGAAGAGAAGAGAUUUUCUGACGUGUGUGAAAGUAGGUCUGCUAUUGAGGCAAUUUGUGCAAUUUGGUAGCAUAACAGCACGGUUUGUCUUGUGUAAAGUAACGGAAGUAGCUUGCAUUCCGGAUAUUUGGUCUUGGUUGGGCUGGAAAAGUUUCAGUUGAAAGGUUCUUUUUCCGUCGUCAUUUUUGUUGGAAAAGAAUCUGCUGCCAAUUGCAGCAGGAAGAAAAAGAAGAAUCCGUCUCAAAUGAAAAAGGUUCGUUGAUUGCGAGUGUGGUGUAGCCUUUGAUAGUGUUAGUAUUAGGAAGUGCGCCGUUGCAUACUGGUCUGAUAAAAUUAGUUACGAACAAUUCGAUCUCCUUUUCGCCGGUGAAGAAAAGUAAUCGAUCGAAUAAAUAAAAUUUCAGCGUAUUGGUCGACUGCAGCUAUCCUAAAGAAGGUAUCACCGCUAAUCUGCGUCGGAAUUUUGCACCGUAUAAAAUUCAUGGUGAUCCAUUCGGGUUCCGUUGCCUCAGAAAUAAAUCCAGGAUCGGGAUUUGAACUCUUGCUCCGGAAAUUGCCGUGUUAGUGCCAACCCAUCUUAAGUUUCCUGGUGGACAUCGAAGAAACGAAAGCAUCAUGGUUGAACGUAUCGUUGAGGAGAAUGCUGAGGCAACUCCAGAACCGCGGAACGCAGCCGCCGAAGUGACCGCCCGGUACAGCAGCGAAGAAAUAUCAGGCAAUGAAUCGAGUGAGGUGCGGCUGAUGACCGAUGCAGAGCGCCAGGCCGACUUCAAUCGGCACAAGGAGGAGAUGAAGCGCAAGCGACGCCGAAAGAAACGUGCCAGCUCAUCGAUUCAAUCUUCGUGCUUUCAAGAACUAUACAAACUAACCGGAGAGGUUCUUGGCGAAGGCGCCUAUGCUUCCGUACAAACAUGCAUCAACAUUUACACCGAGCUGGAGUAUGCGGUAAAGAUCAUCGACAAAAUUCCAGGGCACGCGCGGGCUCGGGUUUUCCGAGAGGUGGAAACCUUCCACCAUUGUCAGGGGCACCCAAACAUCUUGCAGCUAUUGGAAUUUUUCGAGGACGAAGAAAAGUUUUACCUAGUGUUUGAGAAGAUCAACGGCGGUCCACUGCUGACGCGCAUUCAAGAAAAUGUGUGCUUUUCCGAGUACGAUGCGGCUCAAAUCAUCAAGGAGAUCGCAUCCGGGCUCGAUUUUCUGCACAAGAAGGGCAUAGCGCACCGUGACUUGAAGCCAGAAAAUAUCCUGUGCGUAUAUCCGGAUAAACUUUGUCCGAUUAAAAUCUGUGAUUUUGAUCUAGGGUCCGGUAUUAAGUUCACCACCAACAUUUCAUCGCCAAUGGCUACGCCGCAACUGUUGACACCGGUCGGAAGUGCCGAGUUUAUGGCCCCUGAAGUGGUGGAUUUAUUUGUAGGAGAGUCAAACUACUACGACAAGAGAUGUGACCUCUGGUCCCUGGGUGUCAUUGCAUACAUCUUGCUGUGUGGAUAUCCGCCAUUCUCUGGAAACUGCGAAGAGGACUGCGGCUGGAAUCGAGGUGAAAACUGUCGAACCUGUCAAGAACUGCUGUUUGAGUCGAUCCAAGAGGGUCGAUUCAGCUUCCCAGAGAAUGAUUGGAUCGAUGUGAGUGAAGAGGCUAAAGACUUGAUUUGUGGACUUUUGGUAAAGGAAGCCCCGAAGCGCCUCAGCGCCACUGCGGUGCUAGACCAUCCGUGGAUCAAAAUAACCGACGAAAUUGAUUGCAUCGACGGUGUCAAUUCCGAGGCAAUCAAGGAAAAACAACGUCGACGAGUUUUAAAAACUCCUGGUAUAAUCCGAAGAAAUCAAUCCGCACGGGAACUGUCGCACUUUGCCGAAUCUGCAAUGGCAGUAAAGCGUGUCAUUUUACAGCAUUUUUCAAUGCGCUACGACUACAUGAACAAGGAACGCCCUAAUAUUUAUCAGCCGUCUAUUCAACAGAAACCAGAAGUUAUCGUAGCGCCUUCUAAAAUAGAAAUGUGCGAAAAUAAGCGUUCCAAUUUUUCUCCUGUGGCUGGAUCUCAGGAGGAACAAACUGUCGAACUGCAGAAAACUGUAGAUAUAGAAGUUCGGUCGGAACCGCAAAUUUGUCCACCGUUGUCCGUAAGCAAAUCUUCCAGCGUCAUCCAGAUUAAACAAUCGGCCGACGUGCAGCAGAAAUAUAAUGCAGAUGAAGGUGGCUCUUUAACACCUUCACCUUCAACUUCACCAUCAUCGGUAUCAUCAUCAUCAUCUUCUACUACCGAUAAUCAUCAUCAUCAUCGCCAGCGUUGCAAUGUCGACACCACUCGGUACAUCAACAUACAAAAAUCUACUUCGACAUCUACGCUGACCCCGGAAGCAUCACCGGAUACGAUGCAAUUUUCUCCGAUAGCCAGUGUCAGUUCCGUUAGUGAGGGACAUUCUUCCUCUGUCCCUCCCUGUGUUAAAGAAACACUUAAGGACGGCGGCGUUGACAACAAGGAGAAUACUUCUAUCACUGAUACAGUACAAUCACACCAACAGCAGCAGAAACUGCUGGAAAUCAUCAGGGAAAAGAGCGCUCCCCCGUCCAUUUCUUCCAGUUCGGUAACUAUUCCGCCUGAACAAAAUUGGCGAUACCGUGGUGCACAGGAUGCCGAUACGCACAAGUUUAAGCAUCCUUCUUCAAUACUUGGUCCCAGUUAUAAUAACUCAGCCAGGUCAAGAUACAACCACCCUCAACAGCAACAACAACAGUAUCGAAAUUUUGGCUCGUACAACAACUAUCACAACAAUCACCACUAUUUCAACAACCAGAAUGUCGGCGGCUACAAUCGCAAUGGCAGUAGCAAUAGUGGUGGAGGCAAUGGAAAACCGUCCUACUAUCGCCGGCCAAAAAGCAAUAACGAAACAUCGACAACGUUGACAUCCGGAACGAUCGAAAUACGAAACCACCAUCCACAACAGCUUUCGUGGCGCAGCCGUCGCAACAACAACAUCAAUUACAAUGCCGACGAAGAUGGCGACGAGCCGCUGCCGUACGAUGGAUUAGCGAACGGAAGCUACAAGCGACGUUACAGCAACGGCUUCAAUAGUAACAACAAUGCUCGAUUACAAUCGGCAAUAUCGGAUGCAUCGGGUAACAGAAUCCAUGGCACAUCAUCAAUUAACAAUAACAACUACAACAAUCCUAAUAACCAUCAGUACAAUCGUGGAGCAGUCAUGGGAGGAUCUGGGUCAGAAAAUGGUGGAGCUGGUCUCGUCUACAAUAAUCGAAACAAUGCUUCUGCUGGAAACAACAACAGCUAUUAUCGUCACCAACAAAAUUACAGGCAGAAUCAAUAUCAAAGUCGUUACAACCAUGAGAAAACUGAAGCUUAUGAUUAUCGCUCCCAUGGAGUAACUAACAGCGAUAAACAGCGUGAUGGUGGUGAAACGGGCAACGUGAUAAUAGCGACGGAAGAAGAGGAUGGGGGCAAACCGACACAACAUAGAAAUACUUUGAACUGUGAUCCAAUAACAAAUAAUACUACUAAUAAGUAUAAGCAUUAUCAUACAAACUCAAACACAAUUGUUACCGCACUGAAGCGAGAAACGUUGAACGGAUAUCAAUCGAUCAUGGGACCGAUUGGACAACUGCGUAUCAGUGAGCUGUUUGACGAGUAUGGUUACAACGGUGGUGUAAACAUGGUCGGCCUGUCGCCACCAAACGAGAGCAUUAUGAUGCAGCGUCGCCUCUCGUUGAAAUCUCGUAGCAUUUGUAACAAUAAAAGUACCAACCUGUCGGAGAUGGAGAAUUCCAACGAAAAACAACCGAACGAACCGCAGCAACGUUUUCAACGUCAAAUGCCAAAUACUGUAAUCACAACUGAAAGUGGUUAAAUGGGAGGACUCCUAUCAGUUUGCUUAACACUUUCAAUUCCUUUCUAACAACUUAUAUCCAAAAACAUAAGCACUAAAACAUGCUUGAUUUCUAACUUUCGUAUUUUGCUCAAAUUGUUCACCAUUCUGUCCCUGUCGCACAGCUUCGAAGAGAAGAGUUAAAAAGUUUGGAUCUGAUAAGACUAGACCUGUUUCUUACACGUUACAUCGAUCUCUAGAAACACACUUCUUCCUUAUAAGCUGAUACUUUAAAAACCAUCUCUAAGCUAUUCUUUCUUGCCGAUUUACUUUGUCUAGAAUUGUAAAUUUUUCAUUCUACUUUUUUUUAUCGAUUUUAUACUAUACUCGUAAUGGCAGCCGCAUUACAGAAAUAAGAAAGCCACCUACUGUCUGAUUUUCAUGCAAUUUAUAAACAGUUUGAAAUUUCUUCGUCUUCCUUCGCUGUUAUCGAAAUAAUUUCUCUGAAGAAACUAAUGGCAAUCUAACAAACUGAAUAAAGUUAAUAUUUUUCGGAAUGGUAAGAUAACAUAUUGUUUUGGCAAAUUUGUAGAAAAUUUCCUUAAAAAGAUCUUAACGGCGCAAUGUUUGCGAAGGUUUUAAAAUUAAUGUGAAUCAUUAAAUUGCAUUCUGCAGCGCGAACAAUUAGUGGUAUGAAUAAGGUUUAGCAAUUGCUUCGGUAGCUUUUACUUUGCUCGAAAUCAAGCAAAGCAAAAGCCCAAAGCAUUUGCUUAGUUUGGUAUGAAUAAACGUUUGCUUAGCAGAUGUGUACUAAAGUCUUAGAACAUAGCUUUUGCUUCGAAAAAAAAGAGCUAUCCAACCAGCAGAAUCUGAAAUUUUCUAAAGUAAAAUGAAAGAAGAUGAUCAAAAAAUUGAAAAGUACGGCUAAAAUAGCCAUGAAAUCGACGGUGCGGGUGAUGGGUGUAAGAACGAUCGGAAAAAAUUAAGUCAAUACAUGCUCGCAUGUUGAUGUUUAAAGAAAAUUUAAUAUUGUCAAACAAAAAUUGGCCUAGCUUUUUGACAUUUAUCAUAAGCUCUCCCACACGUUUUCGGAUCGGGAUAAUCCGAUAUAUAAAAAAAAUAGGCAAUAGGCAUCGCAUCUUAACUUAGAUGUUUUUUUUUAAUCUUUGAAUUAUAAAAAAAAAAUCAUAUAAAUUUGGGAGAUCUGAAUUAUGUUUAAAAUUAUUACAACUUUCUUCCAACUUCAAGCCGAUUGGGACUUCUUCCACUGUAGCCGGAUUUUUUUAAUUUGAAAUAUUUACUAAUUGAUUUGUUUUGUUUCAUCUUAGACGAAUCAUUUCAUACAACAGGAAUAUGAAAAAAGUUGGGUUAUCACUUCGACUGUUCUUUAUCUAUGUUGAAAAUGCCUUUUAAAAUUGUAUUGAAGUGUAAUAUUGCUAAUUUUAUAAAUUCAUGACGUUGUUGAAGAAUUUGUUUAUUGGAAAAGUCUGCUACCAAGCAUGCUUAGAAAAUAAAGUAAUUGCUAGGAGAUUUCUCGAGCGAUUGCUUCAGAUUUGGGCUUUAUUCAUACCGAACUAGCUUGUUCUAAAAGUAAAAGCUCCUGACUGAGAAAACAGCUGUCAGAAAAAACUUUAUUCAUAUCAACCGAAGCAAUUGCUUUCUGCGACUGCUCGAAUGCUCGAUUUAGUUUAGCAAAAGCAAUUGCUAGGGGUUUUUCAUACCACCUAAUGUCUCCAUUUUUUUCAUUAUUACGUAUACUUUAAAAAUACAAUUCAAGCCUGUCUAUCCCAGUACAUAUCGUUAGAUCAAAAUUGACUUGACGGAAUGAAAUAAUGUAUGUCCCAACCUACUUAAUUCUUUACAGAUAUUUGAAAGACAAACAAUUCUUAACGUAAAAAAUCCAGCGUAUGUGCUGUUUAUUUUAAUUACUCGUAGCACUCAGAUUUAUUCCGAAUAAGAUUUUGAAGUCUUCGUCAUUUUAGGGCAUUUAGGCAGAUGUUUCUGUAACCAAUAUGAAAGGAUUUUCUUUUCUGGUGGCUUUAUUAGAGCAAAUGUUUUACAUUUAUGAUGUUGCUAUUACAAUAACAUAUGCAUAUACUAUUAUUGCUCUUUUUCUAUUAAAACAGCUGCGGAGACAUAAGAUAUCGAUUUUGAUUAUUUAAUUGCGUGUUGUUUUUUUUUAAGUACUGAAUAGCGCUCCUAAAUAAACCCUUGCCUUUAGUGCUCCCUGAUAAUUGUUAUCAUGAACGGCAUCAUUGUUUCUCGUUAUGUGUGAAGUUUGUAACAAAUCAGGGGAUAUCCUGUUAUUGCUGCUGCUGAUGAUUAAGGCAAGGGUGCGCUUGUUAAAUUAUUCUCUAUAAGCAUAUAACCGGAACAACCAUCUCAGCAAAUGUAGCAGGGGAGAGAGAGGAUAGAAGACAGAAAACAGAAGAAUCAAAUUCUUUUGAAAAAUAGAAACGACGCGCUGUUGGAUUGAUAAAAAUAAAAAAAUCGAAAUAAAAUACAACUUUCAUAAAUCUAGACCAACACCGUCGUACUGUGAACGCCAUUAUUGUAUAACAACUACAAAUGAAAAAAAAACAUACAGUUUGAAUGAAGUGAAAUAAAAACCAACAGAGACCCAACCCACGUGAGAAAAAGCUAAGCGAAACAAUACCGUCAGAAGUGAUAACCAUUAAGUGAUCAAAAAAUUAUUGAACAACAAAUCAGAUACUUUUUUUUAGAAUCCAAACAAUCAUACUUGUCACAGCUCAGAGUGUGAAAUUUGUAAUGCGAAACGAACCGAAUAAGAAAUCUAGCAAGAAUCAUGGAACCUAAAGGGAAAUACAUAAUCCAUUUGUAUGUUUCAUCAAAAUCUAACGAAUUUUUAAUUUUCUUGUUGUUGAAACUUCUCUAUACGUUCAAUUAUAGUUAACGAAAGGGUCGAACUUUUUUUACUUCUAAACUUUACAACUGACCAAUAAUUCAUCCGAAAAAUCAAGUCUUUUUAUUUUAAGAGCAGACCUCAUAAUCUUACAAAUCUGAACUAUUUCAAUAAAUUCAAUUGUUGAAACAAAAUAUAUUUCACCAGUAGGUAUUAUAUGUGUUUGACUUUUGGAAUAGUGUAUUUGUUAGCAAUCUGAUCAUAGCAACACAGAGUGCAUUUAUCCUAAUCGCAGCAACCCAGAACACGCACCCAGCAGCACCCGCGCUCCACGCAACAAGUAGACGAGCCCAAAUCUCCAAGCGUUCCUGAACGGGUCAAACCGCAGCGUACCAUCCUGAUGCCUUCCCGUCUGGAACCCAACAUCAUGUUCUGAGUUUGCUGCGAUUAGGAUUAAUGCGCUCUCUGUUGCUAUGAUUAGAUUGCUAACAGAUGCAUAAUACUUAGUGUUUCUGUAGUACCUACCUAUUUCAGGUGCUUAUUCAGCGUUAUCAAUUUACAUUCUGUUACUGUGCAAUAAGAUACAUGUUGAAAUUUUCAUAAUUCUGAAAGUAAAUUUCUCAGAGGAAUAAAAUCAUCUAAUGCAUUAAACUGAUCGGUUCCUAAGUUUUUUUUUAUAAUCUGAACUUUUUCUAGAUUUUCUUGUUUAUUAUGCAUAUUAUCACCCUAGCUUACCCUAUAUUUAUCGGAAAUAGAGAUUCAAAUCAUUCGAUACUAAACUACUUUAAUAUGUUGCUGUUAAAUGAGGUAAUGUAAGCAUUUUUAUUCAAACACCACUUUGCUAAAGAGUCGACUCUUUCGAUAACUAUUGAAAUUCUUUGAUAAUAGUCCAACAUGCAAAAUUAAGCAAUAUCUAGGUGUAUAGCAAAUUGGCUCUUGAGAAAUGAAAUCCGAAUCUUUGUGUUUCUAAAUUAUGACGGAAAUUUCUGUAUACUCACGCAAAAGAAAGAAAAACAAAUGAAACAAAUAAGACUGGAUUCAAAAUUCCUUUUUCAAAAGUUUCGCGCAUCACUCUGGAGGUGUACGCGAAAAUACAUCUUUUCCCUGUCAGAAAAUAAUGAACGGUAUUUUAAACCAUUCAAAACUAAGAAUAUCGAAACGGUCUAUUUUAAAUCUUUAAAAUCACUAAAAUUGUGAUAUUUUAAAAAGUUUUUUUUAUACUAUGCUUCAUUCCUAACAAUUCAAAACAACAUAAAAAUGUUUCUUUAUUUUUUCUUCAAAAUCAUCUAUCUUUCGGAUGCAGAUUUAAAUGAAUAUUGAAAUUUGCUUACUUUAGUAACUAUUUCAAUAAAUAAUUUUUUUUAUAGAAAUACAGAAGCAUUUAUUUUCGGGCUGUUUUCAGUUAAGAUUAGUUUAUCUCAAAGAUAUUCGAUAUAAAGUUGAACUGUAAAUUUAGUAAAAAAGGCGGAACGAAAAUGAAUAAACGAAACGUUGAAAAAUGAAAACAGAACGAAAGUAAACGUUUCUGCCUUUUCAGGUGUAGCCUAAAGCAGCGAAUGUUCUGAAAGAUCUUCAAAAUGAAAUUCUCGAAAACUAUAGCAAAGUUUAAAAAUCCGUUAGGAUAUUCUCCAAAAGUUUGAAAUGUACUACACACAGAAAAAAAUAACUCUAUUAACAACAAUUAUAAAAGGGAAAGAAAACUGAAUUAUUGAACAGAAAACAAGUGGAAUCUGUUGACUAAUCAUUUCCAAGUUAUAUUUUUUUAUAAAAAAACGAAAAAAUAACAAAAUAAAAAACAAUUCAGAAAAACCAGUAAAACUAUAAUAAAACCAGGAAAAAAAGUAAUAUAAAUCUAAAAACGAGUAAAAAUAAAUCUACAAUAUAUAUUACUACUUACAAAAAUGAAUAAAAACAAAAUUUAAUCUUCACGUGCAUUCAAAAAUGAACGAAAGAAAAAGAGGAGGUCAUUUGAAAUUUUUAUAACAAAAGCUCAUUCAUACGGUCCGUUUUGCAUUGUUGCCAUAUAUAUAUUUUUUAUAAUUGCGUUAGAUAUUAAAGUUGUGAAAAGGUGGUUUACGAAAAUAUAAACAAUUUGAUGGCAAUUCCAGGGCUAUGGCAAAAGCGUGAUCAGCCGUUAAUUCGGGUGAUGGCGUAAAAUUGCAAUGUGCGACCAUCUUGAACUUAAAGCUCUUGGCAAAAUAAGCGAGAAAAAAACGAGAAACUGUAAUAUCAUAUUGUUGAAUUGUUUAGAAAUUAAAAUAAAAACCAAAAGAAUUAUUUGAGCCCAAAACUAAAUUCUAUGUCUAGUUUCACAUCAUUAAUAUACCUACAUAACACAAGUUCGAUGGGCGUCCAAUACAGAAAACAAACGUAUUUUGAAAAGCCACUAAGAAAUUGUAUAGUGAAAAAAAAAAACAUUUUGGAAUAAAAGGAAUAAAGAUAUAUUUUUGCAAAUAAA